CUCUCUCUUCCUUUAGAAUCCACGCUGUUGUCGCUUAUCGGCUUACGUUCGGCGCCUUCGCCACACACACACACAGAAAAAGAGAUUGGCGGAAGGAGAGAAGAUCGGGAAGAGACGGGGCGGCAGGAUUUCCUGUUAGAAGGAAGAAUCAUAGAUACAGGUCGGAUUUUCAUCUUUGGAUCUGAACCUGGUACUGGAAACCCUAGACGGAGAAGUUCUUCAGCUUUGGUCGUGGAGGUUUCCCUCGUGUAGAUUCGAGCGCGUUGAGGGAGGGAGGUGGGAGUUCUGUACUUUAAUUUCUUUAUCCUGGUUGCCGAUGCUAUUGGCUGUUUUCUCAUGCCGCCGGAACCAUCGCACUGGGAUCGGAAGGAUCUGUUCAAGGAGAAGAAGUAUGACAGGUCGGAUGCCCUAGGGUCUGUUGGAAGAUGGAGAGAUUUUCAUCACGGAUCCCGCGACUUCGCUCGAUGGGGGCCGAACGACUUGCGCCGCCCUCAAGGUCAUGGUAAGCAGGGUGGUUACCAGCUAUUCUCCGAAGAUUCUGGUUAUGGAUGUACGAUUUCGCGCUCUAGUGAGAGAAUGGGGGAUGAUGAUAUCUGCCGGCCUUCUGCUUCCUUUGCAGAAGUAAAAUACGGGCGGAACAGCAGGGAAGGUAAAGGAUUCUGCGGUCAGAAGGAAUGGAAAGGAGCGCAACUGUGGGAGAGGGAGACGGAUGCAUCUUUCAGUCCGUCCGGCAGGCAGCAUGAGAUGAGUUCACAGAGGUCCGUCGAUGAUCUACUAACAUACUCAUCUCACCUUCAUUUUGACAUUGAAAACUCGUCAUGUGAUCAACUCAACUACAAAGAUCACCAUGAUAAGGUCGGUAGUAUCGAUGGCUUCGGCACAGGCCACAGACAUGACAAAGAUCACUCCCUUGGCUCGAUCUCCUGGCCCCUGAAAUGGACGCGUUCUGGUAGCUUGUCAUCGCGUGGCUCUGGUUUCAGCCAUUCCAGUAGCAGUAAGAGCAUCAAAACCGAUUCGGAUGAGACAAAGACCGAGUUACAGCGUGGGAAAGUGGCUCCUGCCCGGUUACCUUCUGGGGAUGCUUCUGCUGUUGUAAGUUCUGCUGCUUUUGAAGAUUUGUGUUCUAGGAAGAAGCAGCGACUUGGAUGGGGCCAGGGGCUGGCAAAGUACGAGAAGCAGAAGGUCGAUGGUCCUGAUGAGACUAUUGGCAAGAGUGGAUUGGUUUCAUGUUCGAACAACAAUCAUACUAUGCAUGGUCCUGUUCCAAGCUUCUCUGAUAAAAGCCCUAGAGUCACAGGUCUAUCAGAAUGUGCCUCACCUGCGACCCCCUCAUCUGUUGCAUGCAGUUCAUCACCAGGUGUGGAUGACAAACCAUACAGUAAGGUAGCAAAUGUUGAUAAUGAUAUGAGUAAUUUGAGUGAUUCACCAGCUCAAGGAUUUCAGAAUUCCCUUGAAGAGUUCUCCUUUAGUCUGGAGAAUUUGGAGACCAAUCCCAUGAAUAAUUUAAGCUCCCUACUUGCUGAUUUGCUACAAGCUGAGGAUGCAAGCUCUGGUGACUCUUGUUUUGUGAGAUCUACUGGUACGAAUAAGUUGCUGCUUAUAAAAUGUGAUAUUCUGAAGGCAGUGGAGAAGACUGAAUAUGAAAUUGAUUUAUUUGAGAGUGAACUUAAAAAGUUGAAUUCUGAAUCAGAAAUUGAUGGUUCUUGUUUAAGAUUAAGAGGAUCAGAAUCAUUGCAGUGA